GAUCUAGCUUCAUAAUUUGUCCGCAAGUGGUCCGCAAACAACAUCUCUGACGUCUCAUCGUUUGGAACACAAAAUUGCGGGAAACGUCAAACCACCGUGAUAAACUUUUACCAAUCGCAUAUCGUAGCAGAUUCACACAGGGUGUGUCGAUACUUUUUGUGGCGGACUACGUAUAUUUAUCAUUGCCCUCCGACACUCUACCAUGGGCACGUAAUAUAAAUAUUGGCGCGAACAUGAAUUGCAAAGCAGGAUUAAACGUUGCUGGACAGCAUCCCGUAAGCAAAGUUAAGGCUUACAGUGACAUUGAAAGGCUGCUAGAAUCUGAUACAAACUACGGUGGUGAUGAUUUGGUACAAUUUGAAGCGGACCAAUUUAUUUCCGACCAAUUCUGUAUGACUUGUCCAAAAAAAAAACGGGUCAAAGAGAAAAUCAAAGGACUUACCGAAUCUGUUGCUUUCCAAGAGCACAUGGAAUUUGAAUUCUGCUUUCCCCCUCAGUUAACGGAUGAUCGUCAUUACAAACAAAAUUUUGGCACAAUGGAAGAUGCCAAUGAUCGAAUAUUAAACAUUUUACAGGAUACAAUGGCAAAACAAUCAAGCAUUGGCAUGGCUAAUUUCUCAAAAGUCGAGCCAAAGGAGAUCGAUUCUCUAUUGCGCCAAGGUUAUGAAGCUUAUCGCUUUGGGAAUUAUGGAUUAGCAUCUACCAAGUAUAGAACAGCCUGGGAAAUUAUCAACGAUGCCACCGUUAAGGUGCAAACCAGAUUUAUCAACGAGGACGUCAUUUGUUAUAUGUUGUGCGUCACUUUGCUGGAAACGAACCAACUUAACAACCUGUCAGAAUCAGUGGAAUUGCUAAUUUCUCUUGAGAAACGUAGCUCACAUGUGCUACCAGCUGUGUAUUUUGCUCUAAGUAAGGCUCACCAUAAACAUUACAGAUUUGCCUUGGCGCUGAAAACGAUCGAAGAAGGUUUCGCUUUCCUUCGUAGUGGCGUUGAAUUGCCAUUACACACAAUACCAGGAUCAAAUAUUAUUCUACCAGAAUCUACUAGAGAUGGGCUAUCGGUUUCUCUGGCUGAUAUGAAAGAGGAAUGUUCAAAGUGGCAUCCCCCAGACGCAGUGUGCUGCCUGGGUGAAUGUGUCCCCAGUUCACGGUUGUACAGCCCAAAUCGAAAUAUAUAUUUCAGUGAUCCUGCAUUCAGUGGAAUGGUUGUUGUAACCUGCAGUAAUAACAGAAACCCUUGUACAAUCAAGUUUCAUCAAGCAUGUUGGAAGCUAAAAAAAGAUCAACUAUCUGCUGUAAAAAAAUUAUCUGACAAGGACAUCAUUGGCUGCGAAUGUUUCACACCCAACUGUGCGCAUGGCCAGGGUGAGCGCAGCUUGAUAACCAAGGUAGAGGUUUACGGAGACAACGGUAAAUUAAAAACGUGUAUUGGGGCACCUGCAAAUCCCGUAGUCUGGGUAAAGCGACGCUAUCCAUCCAAGGGCGCUAUACCCAGACAGUUGGAUAAACCAAAGCGACACUCAGAAAAGAUACGGCGGCCUGGUAUAAUCACAGUACCCCGAUCCAUUUGUAAAGAAGCCACUGGUGAAGAUUGUGUUGAGAAAGCAUGGAGAUUGGCUCAAUUAUCGAAUUUGAGAGAGAAUAAUUUUGGAAUAAAAAGUGACUGCGAAUGGCGACCAGACGCCGUAAUGUAUGGAAAUCCUCAGAUGGUGGAAAUUGGCGAUUUUUUGGGAGGUCCAAUUUUUGAAAAUGACUGCUCGCAAAUGGCUGCUGUUAAGACGUUCAUAUUCACAUACUUUUACGAGUUCAUCAAAGAAAACGGUUGUGUUAAGAAGCGAGAGAUUUCACAAAAAUGGGAAGAGGAUAAAUUCGUAUUCGAUAAUUAUAGCAACGCGUUAAAUAAUGAGACAGAUAUUAGCGACUUUUUACUACAAUCGUACAAGCUUGUCUCCCUGGGAGACUACAUUGGUGUUGCCGAAACUUUGCCGGAAUUAUUCGCGGUAGUUCGGAGUGAAGUUUGCGGUUGCCUUAAAUUUCUGCUAGCCGAUCCGCUCCGCUCCCGAACAGCAAUAAUACAAGAUGACGUCUUUAAUUUGAUAAUCGGUGAUUAUGAGGAGAAGCAGAAUAGAGCCCAAACAAUGUCCCACGGAUAUGAUACAGAUACAGAUACGGAUAAAAUGAUGAUUGGGAUAUCUGCUUCUCCGGUUGUCGCCGAUUCCCACAAGAUACCUUUGCCUACGUACGAAGCCCGUGAUUUUCGAGGGGCAGAUAAAAGUAUGGAAGAUCAUGAUCGUCAGCAAUCACGAGAUGAUAAUACUCCUUGGAUGCUGACAUUUUACGAAAUCUCGUCACCUACCAAUUCGACAUGUUCAAAUGAUGUUUCAAAUGUGGUCAUCAAUAACGUUGAGAGCAAUCACUGGACUAUAACUGAGAACUCUGCAGACCUGGGAGCAACCCUUGGUGUAGAUCAUUGUCAUGAAAUGAUGCAAAAAAUUAAUCUUGGUGAUGAAAUUGAAAACGAUCCGAAUAGAGUCCAAACAGAUUGCGAAUCAGCAGUGAAUAAUUGUCAAGAUGACGCAGUUAAGCUCAAAAAUAACUCUAUGACGGAUACAUCGUAUGACAUCUGUAAUACCCCUGAAGAACCAGAAGUCAUUCAUUCUGUAAACAGAGAUCCCGCCACAGAUCCCGCCGUUUGUAAAGUAACCCUUAGAUGUGACAUGCACCAGAGCUCCGCGUUGUACGCUUUUGACAUGAACUGCUCCCAUCGGGAAAUUGAAGUUCCAUUUGACAGGACAUCUAGCAAAUUGGCACAUAUUCACAAUGCCUGCAGUUUUGAUUUGGAUGAGGCCAAACCUAAAGGCGUCUGCACGGAUAGAACCGAUACGAGAGUUCAGAAUCUGGAAAGAGAACUGACGGAAUAUAAAAUGGUAUCUUCUGCAAGUAUGUCUGAGCUUGUAAAGGAUUCGCACAGACUCGAGGUUCAAUGCUCGAAACUUGAAUCAGAAAAAUCACAAAUUAUGGAGAAGAUCCGAGAGUGUCAGCUUGAUUUGCGGCGCUGCACUGAAGAUAAUGUAACUUUGAAGUUGAAGAAUACCGAGUUGAUGCACAAGUAUGACAAAUUGUUUAAAGAAAAAACCGAGAUCGAACACAACUUUAACGUGCUUCUCAGAGAAAAAUCUGCAAUUGAAAAUCGUUUAGGAGUACUUGAAAAGGAGAGGAACAAGACGGACAAGAAGUUGCAAAAGUAUGAGUUACAUCAGUCAGAUAGUAGCAACGCAGAUCUUAAUCCAAUGGACAACGGUCUCAAAGUACAAACUCAAUUCGGACAACAACAGAGUUUGGAAUUUCUGUCAUGCUCCAACCAACGAAAAGCAAGACUCGAUUUUUUAAACAACGAAUUCUUCAUGGACAACAUUAUACUUGAGAAAGCGCUUGAGAAAUGUAACGAUCAUAUACACAUGCUGAAGGAGGUGGGUAAAUUGUUUGAAGUGCUAAUCGGUCGGCAAUUCCCAAUAAUGGAUGUUCAAGCGGAAUGGAAAAAAAUGCACAGCUAUCUCCAGCAUAUGGCAUUGACUUACAAGGAAAAGUAUUUGGAGGCAAAAGCAUUGUUGGAAUCAGACAAGCCAAUCAAAAACAUGGAAGUUGCCAAACCAUCUCUGAAUAUCAUAUUUCCACAACCGCUUAAUCUGGUGGAGAUAUACUACAAGGGUCAAGCGAAGUUCAUGAGUCAUCCAAUGUCCUUUAUGCAAAGUCAACAGACCGUGCCAAGUGCCCAUCACCAGCACCUUGGUUACUUUCACCCACCAUCAGGGGUACCUUACCAGGGCCCAAAUACACAAGCCAGAGGAAACGGAGUGCAUUGGAAUAUGCUUUACGAACCCACGUCCAGAGACAAUCAGGGUCCACGAAUACAAAGUAAUUUCUCAAACUGGACACCUUGUGCCACCAGUGUACAGAAAUUGCAUUUGGACCCACACUUCUGCUCCACAAGCAAGAAUGACCACAUAGGGCAGAGAAAUGUAAGGGAUGCGAUCCACGGUGCCGAAUUUCAAAGGCAACGUGAUAUUAGUGAACGUCAAGCAUCUUUGCCUAUAGGCCAUUUCGAACCAACUGCACCCGCAAAGCGUUCCAACGAUGAAACUAAAUGUAUAGAUGUUACGUUCCACAGUACUGAAAAGCAAAAUUACACAGAUUCGUGUGAGGGUCGUUCUACAAAGAUAGUUGGUAUGAAAUCACCGGAGAACACAUUACAGACUCUGGGCAAUAGACAAUCACUUGCACCGAAAAAAAUUGGUAUAGAUCUGCUGGUCCACGAACUGGAAAGAAAAUUUGUAGGAGUCCCAGAGUUUGAUUUACUGGAGAGCUUACAAGAUUUGCGCAGAUCGCACAAUGAUACACUAUCCGGAAUGCGUAUAGAUGACAUAUUAAGAGAAUCGGAACAAUUUGUUAUGCAACGUCAGGAGAAGCAUAUGGUUCUAUAUUCGCAACCCAAGCAAACCUCGUCGUUGGAACGACCUGUUCUACCCUCAAAUAACUGUAACCAGUGGAAAGUUCCGUCGUCUACACCCUUAGGGCAACAAAAAAAAAUUGGUGUCAUGAAUCAGAGGCAAGCCGAGGAACUGGUUAAUUAUCCAGCCAAGGUACCAGCUUUGACGAAAAAAUCAGGCUGGAAAACCAUACCGUCGGGGCUUGUCGACUGGACAAAAGACGAUGAAGAUUCCGAAUGUACGAUUUGUUUAGAGAUCAUGAAGUCAAGUGACAAGGAAGCACCUGUGUACAACUUGCCGUGUCAGCAUUCCUUCCAUACUAAGGUGAGUUUCGGUUUGUUUUCAUCACAAGUAAACGAAAAUGUAGCGUAUUUGCAUGUAGCUCUGUAUGUUUUUCGUUACAGUGUAUACGGAAAUGGUUGUGCAGUAACAGCGUAUGUCCCAUGUGUAAAAUACACUGCACUAUGGAUGAAGAAUAUCCUCCACUGCCUUCAUAAAGUUUUAAACCAAUGAACAAUGCAAAGGUAUAACCGCCUGACAACUAGUAAUCCAUGGGUCAUAAUAAAACAGAUAUAUUUGACGUAUCGGUCGACAGAUGUCAUGUUCUAAACGUGAAACGUGUCCCAGAAACGGAACUCAAACUGCCAACUUGUACGUGCGGUAUCACGUGAGGGAGCGCCAACAAUUAUGCCCCGUAUUAUUUUACUAUGACUUUGGAAAUCGAUAGUUCUUUUUCCAGUGUUAACAAUUCUAUAAAUCUUUAAAUUGCGCUAUACAACUUAAUGGUGAAUCCUGCGCACAGAUAUUAUUGUGUGUAAAUUCGUGACGAUUUAUGGCCCAUGAAAUAUGGCUCAGCAAUGAUAUUUAGAUUGGGAUCAGAUCUCGGUAUAACGAACUGUCUUGACGAAAAGUAUCUGCAUCAGCGUCCUAAUUCUUUUUCUAAAAAUACUGUAUUCAAUCACCUGGAAUAUUCCAAAUCAGCAGUAUGCUAUGACGAUUACUUCGGACACUGAACUCAACUGUCCAUAGUAACACUACUGUUACAAGCAAACAUAUCGAAUGAUAUUCUUUGAUUUACAUUCCGACAGAUUCGCAGACUUUAAAUUAUAAUUAGAACAAUGCAUUUAACAAAUCGUCCUUCGCCGACCGAUGGGAAGAAAUUAUACAUACACGGCUAAGAUUUAGUCAUUGAACAUUUGAGAUCUAAUGGCAUGUACAAUCGUUAUACAUCUCAAUCCCACCAGAAACUGACGGAGAAACUCUGGGACAAUGCAGUGACGUGAUGCCACCACCCUGGUGGAAUAAACAACAUCUCACCAGGGCCCAGAGUAGACGUCAUGCCGAUAGCCUUCUCGAAUUUGGGCCACUUUUGAAAGUCCGGUUUUGUAGGGUCCACACGAGCUGUAUUAGUCAGGAGUUUAGUUUUGUAAGGAUAUAAAUUGGAGGUUUGCUGAGGAUGAAACAGUAUGACUUCCUUAUGCCCGAAUACCUUACAGAGAAACAAAGCAAGAUUAGGUGAAUCCAUAAUCAAUACAAAUCUCUGCCUCUCCAAUUAGCAUAACUGCGAUGAAGCGGCGAGUGUACCGAACAAGUAAUCUGGACAGUAGUCCCUAACCGAACUAAGUACUAGUCUAAACUUGAUUCAUGAGGCAUGAAAACGAAUAGAGUGUGCAAUUCAGAAACUUACCUGGCAGAGAAGAUUAUUUUUUGGGUCAAAGUGCAAAGGCGAGAUAGUGCCUUUCGGCCCUAGCCAUGCGUUAAUAUCUGGUGAUUUAGCAUCGACCCCGCUAUCAGUGAAAUUACAAUAAUCCGGCACAGCGAUGUCGUCCAUCAACUCUGGUAUCUGAAAUUGCGAAACUUGCGUAAACAUGAUUUCAAAUUUUUUCCACUUGUACCAAGUAAAUCAAGGUGAAUUGUACACGAACGGAAAAUGUCUUUAAAUAAAUCUGUGGCCAAGA